ACGAUAUUUGGAGAGCUAUACAGUUUGUGUAAAGGGCGACACGUAAAGCACAGGGAUAGAACGAAAGUUGAACGACAUAUCGUUUAAACUAUUUAUUACAUACUAAUAUACAUAUAUCAAAUCGCAUGUGCUUCUACUCUCCUCUCUCAAAUGAAAAAUGAAAAGUAUGGUUUCUAUUACAUCGACAAAGCCAUAUUCAUUGACAUUGUUAAUGCUGAUGCCUCAUUUCUUUCUAGCGCCUUUUGUUCUAAUGCUAGACCCUUUUGAGUCCACUUCUUCUUUGGUUGUUUGCCCAAGGCUUCCAAUAAUUUCCUCUUCAAUUCUCGCUCCAUUUCCUCUUGCUUUGCUCUUAUUUCAUAGAAUUCAGAUGUUGCUUUUGCAUAUGCUUUUCGUUCAGACAUCUUUUCGUGCGUCAUUAGAUAAAGUUGAUAUUUGAUGACACUAAUAGUUAUAAAAAUUGGAAUGAG